ACUUUUAUCCACAAAAACCGCAGAGGCGAGGAGGCAGCACAGCCGCCGCUAAAGCAGCGCAAACACCAGGAAACUGACAUUUUCACCUUUACUGUACAUUUCCUACACAAACCAAAUCAGUAGACAGUGUGCGCCUGUAGCUGCCAGGACUAGCCUACGCCGCUUUAUCGUAACACGGCUUUGUUAUUUUCACUUCUGCAUUUCUUCUCAGCCGGAAGAAAGUAGUUAGUACCGUAUCCCAAACGACCCCAGUGUGUGUGGAGAAGUGCACUACACAGGGCCCGAGAGCGCGGCGCCUGCACCCUACCUAGCCCACUGCGUGUGCGUUUGGGAUUGGGCCCUGCGGAGUGUGGUGUGGAAGAUGGCCUGGAUGUGGCCGACAUGAUCGUCGUUAUGGACUGGAGAAGAGCUUUUCUUGUGUGUGAGGUGUUCCUCACAAUACACUGUGCAUGUUCGAGUGUGUUAUCGCCACCACAACGUGUUAAAGUCGAAUCGUCAGUGUUAACCUGGAAUGGUCCAAAAAACCACAUUAACAUCACGUACGUCGUUCAGUACAACACGACAUUGAAUGACUGGCGUGAUGUGUACAACGGCACUCAGCAGCAGUUCAACUUCACGGCAGCUGCUGAGGAUUUCUAUGGGACGAGAUUUCGUGUGCAGUCAAAGAGAGGGAACCAAACAUCAGCCUGGGAGAUGUCAAAGCUAGUCCAGUGUGCACACCUUCACACAUGUGCUCCUAUAAUAGAGCUGAAGGUGGAGACAGACAGAGUGCACCUGUGGAUGAAACACAGAGACCCGAGUCUGGAGGAGAAGGAAGGUGGGCACAUCAGCUUCAACCCUCUGUACUGGAAAAGAAACAGCAAUAAUAAAGAGGAGCUCAGUGCCACUUCUACCCACCUCGUCAUUGAACACCUUGAGUCGGGACAGGAAUACUGCUUCCAGGUCGAGUAUUUGCUUUUGCACAAGCCCCAUGGAAAGCCCAGCCGUGAAAUAUGUAAAGUGAUCCCCGAAACAUCCAAACAGCGAAAUGUGCGUGUUAUCAUGUUAGGUGUGCUAACAGUAGCGGGAAUGGCUGUCCUGGGAUGUUGCCUGUAUUUUGUUUACACACAUUACAAAAGGAUUAAAGCACUGCUUCAGCCCCCUCUGGACAUCCCUGAUCAUUUUGAAGAGUUUUUUUUCAGUGAAUUCCCUCAGCACCCAGUCGCUCGUCCUGGUAACCAAGAGGUGGAGUCUUAUGACUUUGUAAAUUUCGUAGAGGAGGUUGCAGAAGACGAGGAGAGAUGUGACUUGGAAAACGAGAAGAAAAUGUGAGCUCCACAUAGUGUGUACACAGCGUCUUCUCCUGAGGAAAGCAGGAGGAGUCUGAACACUGUUUUUUUAAUACUUUAUAGUUUCAUACAUUGACCUCACGCACUAUCCUCUUGCUUACUUUCAAUGAGGUUGUCCAAUGCAUGAAAAGGAUCCAUUACACAUGACUGUUCAGAAGAACCGUGUGGUUCAAAGGAGCCAGCCUCAUGACUAUGGGCACUAAUUUUGUAUUUUGGUUGGCUACAUUUAGGUAAAAUAAUUAGAGAAAUGAAAUAAUCCUGGCAGAGUUGUGACUGUUAUUUACUGGUAACGUGUAACUUUAUUUUUCAGUUGUGUGUGUGUGUGUGUGUGUGUGUUUGAUUAGGAGAAAGGUGCACUUUGACACUUUAAACUUGAAUAAAAACUGCUUUUGAGCGAUGAUCAUGACAUGCUGCAAUGCGGAAUUGUUAUUCUGUGAACGAGACUGUGAGUAACUGUGGCUGGCUCAUAAGGUAUGAUAAGGUAUGAGCAACCUAAUAAUAUAUUUUCUGUAUGUCACAGUUUCUGCUUACAGCUCACUAUUUUCAAAGUGAAUGUCAUACAGAAUUCAGUAAUUUGGUUGGAAAAUUGCUUAAUCUUUAUUAAACAGCCUUGUUAAGAGAGUUGCUCUUAGUCUCCAGUAGUUUUACAAUGUAACCCUACCUUACAAUGUCUAAUUUCCCACCUGACACUUUUAGCUUCAGGCACCGAGCCUCAUUUAUCAAGCUGGAUAUGAUAUUUAUUCAUAAAUCAUUCAUACUAGCAUUUACACAAAAAAUUUGGCAAUCAUGAAAAUCCCAUAAAUACAGAAGAAGUCACUCUUGCUCCUGAGUGUGUGUAAAUUUACGCAUAAGAAGACUAACUAAUGUAAACCUCGACUCGAUCCACUUCAAAUCAUAUAAUUUGCAUGGAUUACUGCACUUUUAUAUCUGGAAUGUACUGUUGAGUUUCAAUCACUUAUUUAACAGAGUUUACAGCAUUUAGCAGACGCCCUUAUCCAGAGCGACUUACAGAAGAGCUUUAUCGCUAUCAAAAACACGUCCUCAUGCGAGUUCACUAGGUCAGGGACUAAAAGUAGCAUCGAGAACAUUUCUUGAAACCAGUUGUUUUAUAUUAUCGGAAUUAAUUAAAGAAAGUGUGAAUAAAGAAAGUGUGAAUAAAGAAAGUGUGCCAACACAAACUCAUAAAUUCAGAAAAAUAAAACUAUUCUUAUAACAAAAGAAAUGGUGCCGUAUGAGCGAAGUACGGGUCGUUCUGUCUGCGCGGAGCAGUAAGCUGUAAACAACUGCCUGAGCUGAUGGGGAUUUAGCACUUUAUUAUUAUUAUUAUUAUUAAUUAAACAUUUUCAAACUAACUUCCACUUCUGCCUUUCAGCUUUUACCCGGAUCGUUCUUUUCGUGCUCCCAGCUGUCUGUGCACUUGAACUUUUAUGGACUUUUAUGGGCGUCACUACAUGCAUAUGAGCUGUGUCAGAAAUUCGCUUUGCACUUUAUAGGUGAUCAGCAAACGCACACAAGUACAAAGAAAAUCAAUGUUUCUCAAACGUUUGUAAAUCCAGUGGAAAAUUUUAGUUUGGUUUGGCUUAUGCAAACAUUUACACACACAGUUACUAAAAGCUUGAUAAAUGAGGCCCAGUGACACAAAGCAUUAUAAAGGUGAUAUGCUGCACCUGGUCAUUACUUUUUGUGAAUUCUUUAGCUGUACCACUGUAGCAUAAUGUUACUGAAGUUCUGUUACAAAAAUCAUCCCACCACGUUUGUAAUAAUACCCUACGCAGCACUUUGUUCAAGACUUUUUGUGUUCUGAUGAUUCAGAUUGCAUAAAAUAACAGCCACAGUAAAACUUACCGUUGGACAGAAUACUAUUAAAAGGAUUGUACUGUCUGUUCUGAUCUUCAUCUCAUGAGACUCUGAAAGAGAUUUCUUGUAGAAUGGGUCACGGCCCCUCCUGAACCUGAGAAGCUGCUGCACAGUUUCUUGCAUUUUGGCAAAGGUUGUGUUCUUAUGAUGAAAUCACAGCCACUAAAAUCCUCACUGCUGAAUUGUCUCCCAUAGUAUAAAUGUUUAUAACCAGUCCAGCCUUCCUAACUCCUGGUAAACAUACUAAACAUUACUAUGUUCUUGCGUAGUUGUUUGUUAGCAAGAAAGCCUUAAAGCGUUUUGUUGUUUUGAACAUAGAUGCAGUUUGCCUUUGUUUUUUUUGUUGUUGUUUUACCUUCUGUUCUACCUUCUGUCUGCUACUUAGCAAUGGGUGUACUGUUCACAGGUCAUGUUGACAUUGGGAUGAGACAGAAAUUAAUAUUUGAAAUGACGAACUGUAAAUACAUCUGUUUUAGGGGAACAAAAAAAAAAAAAAAAGAUUUUCUCAUGCCUGGAGACACUCCUACCAGCAGAUGUGUAUAAUCAGUUGUGAGUGCAAAUAAGACAUGGAGUAAAUUGACGCAGAGUUAAUUUCUUCCUUCACUCACAAAUUUGUUUGAUUUUUUGCAAAAAAAAAAAAAAAAAAAAAGUAUAUGUGUGCUAAUAAUCUUUAGUUUUCUCAAUCAUAAUGACAUUAAUUAUAUCCACACAUUUCACUAUUAUGAGUAAAUGUUGGGACCCUCUUUUGAUCCUGAGGUUUCAAACCUGAGAACAGUUUAUUACUGAUGAACUUGGUUGUAUUUCUCCAUUAUGUAUUGAUUUUUUCUGCGGUAAAUAAUAAAAAUGUGAGUGUUUAUGUAAA